GGAGGAGUCCGGGCUGCGGCGGCGGCCGCGUCACAGCAGUGCUCCCGCUGCCCCGCGGCUCAGACCCGGCCCGAGUGCCGCCGAGGACGCGGACCGGGACCCGCACGGAAACAGGGGCUGCGCCGGAGGUUCCUCUCGCGGGCCGGGGCUGCGCGACCAUGGCGGACAAGGAGGCCGGCGGCGGCGACUCGGGGCCCCGAGAAACAGCCCCCACGUCUGCAUAUUCAUCUCCGGCCCGGAGUCUGGGGGAUACGGGAAUAACGCCAUUGUCCCCUUCCCAUAUCGUGAAUGACGCUGACCCGAAUGUCUCGGAGCAGCAGACCUUUCUCGUGGUGGUGGCCGUUGACUUUGGAACCACAUCCAGUGGCUAUGCCUACAGCUUCACCAAGGAGCCAGAAUGUAUCCACGUGAUGAGGCGAUGGGAAGGAGGCGACCCUGGGGUGUCCAACCAGAAGACCCCGACCACCAUCUUGUUGACUCCCGAGAGGAAAUUCCACAGCUUUGGAUAUGCCGCCAGGGACUUUUACCAUGACCUGGAUCCCAACGAGGCCAAGCAGUGGCUGUACCUGGAGAAGUUCAAGAUGAAGUUGCAUACCACUGGGGACCUCACCAUGGAUACAGACUUAACGGCAGCAAACGGCAAGAAAGUCAAAGCCCUUGAAAUCUUCGCUUACGCCCUACAGUACUUCAAGGAGCAGGCGCUGAAGGAGCUGAGUGACCAAGCGGGAUCGGAGUUUGAGAACUCUGACGUCAGAUGGGUCAUCACAGUGCCCGCCAUUUGGAAACAGCCCGCCAAGCAGUUCAUGAGACAAGCUGCCUAUCAGGCAGGCCUGGCCUCCCCGGACAACUCGGAGCAGCUCAUCAUUGCCUUGGAGCCCGAGGCGGCCUCCAUCUACUGCCGGAAGCUGCGGCUGCACCAGAUGAUCGAGCUGAGCAGCAAGGCCGCGGUCAACGGGUACAGCUCCAGUGACACAGUGGGAGCUGGGUUUGCACAGGCUAAGGAGCACAUACGGCGUAAUCGGCAGAGUCGGACCUUUUUGGUGGAGAAUGUCAUAGGAGAGAUCUGGUCCGAGCUGGAGGAAGGUGACAAGUACGUGGUUGUGGACAGUGGCGGUGGCACCGUCGACCUGACUGUCCAUCAGAUACGGCUACCGGAGGGACACCUUAAAGAACUGUAUAAAGCAACAGGUGGACCCUACGGAUCCUUAGGAGUAGAUUAUGAAUUUGAAAAACUUCUGUGUAAAAUAUUUGGAGAGGAUUUUAUCGAACAAUUCAAAAUCAAGCGUCCCGCGGCCUGGGUUGACUUAAUGAUUGCAUUUGAGUCUCGUAAGAGGGCGGCUGCCCCAGACCGAACUAACCCACUGAACAUCACCCUGCCCUUCUCCUUCAUCGACUACUACAAGAAGUUCCGUGGCCACAGCGUGGAGCACGCCUUGAGGAAGAGCAACGUGGAUUUUGUGAAGUGGUCCUCGCAGGGGAUGCUGAGGAUGAGUCCGGAUGCCAUGAAUGCCCUUUUCAAGCCAACCAUUGACAGCAUCAUUGAGCAUCUCCGGGACCUGUUUCAGAAGCCCGAAGUGUCCACGGUCAAGUUCCUCUUCCUGGUGGGAGGCUUUGCGGAGGCGCCCCUGCUGCAGCAGGCGGUGCAGGCUGCCUUCGGGGACAAGUGUCGCAUCAUCAUCCCCCAGGACGUAGGCCUCACCAUCCUCAAGGGCGCCGUCCUCUUUGGCCUGGACCCCACCGUCAUCAAGGUGCGUCGGUCGCCCCUCACCUACGGGGUGGGCGUGCUGAACCGCUACGUGGAAGGCAAGCACCCCCCCGAGAAGCUGCUGGUGAAGGACGGCACUCGCUGGUGCACUGAUGUCUUCGACAAGUUCAUCUCGGCCGACCAGUCGGUGGCCCUGGGGGAGCUCGUCAAGCGUAGCUACACCCCGGCCAAGCCUUCCCAGCUGGUCAUCGUCAUCAACAUCUAUAGCUCCGAGCACGACGACGUGAGCUUCAUCACCGACCCGGGGGUAAAGAAGUGCGGUACCCUCCGCCUGGAUCUCACAGGGACCGGCGGCACAGCCGUGCCCCCCCGGAGGGAGAUCCAGACCCUCAUGCAGUUCGGGGACACAGAGAUCAAGGCCACAGCCAUUGAUAUAGCCACCUCGAAGAGCGUCAAGGUUGGGAUUGACUUCUUAAAUUACUAACGGGCCCUCCCGCCGCCUGCCCCGCCCUUGGACCCGGCUCACCUGCAUCUGCUGACCUCAACCCUGACUGUUCUUUCCCUGUCCUUGACCCUCAGCAUCGCCCACCUGGAUUUCAGCAGGGAAGAUGGGACCCACCGGGGCUGGAAAUAAUCAGGGGUUUUGGAGGGCACACUGGAGUCAGAACAACUGUCGGAAAUCGAGACUGAGGUUUGGGAAUAAGAAAUCUGAGGAUCCUGGGAGAGCAGCUCGUUUUUAUAGGUACAAAGUGGUGAAACCCACACCCACCAAGGGAAUCGGUCCACUUCUGCAGCUGUGACUCAGCUUGCUUUGAACGCAUCUCCGGUAAGCAGGACUCAGGAUGCCUUGUCGCUGUCUUUCUAGGUUGGACGUGAGAUCUCUGUGUCAGGAGGAGAUUCUUCAUCUAUUCGAGACUUUUCUUUGUACGUUUCUUGGGGGAUGGCAGUCAAUAUAAAAUGCCACCCAUCUGCAGUUAAUUUCUUGUCAUCACCAUGUGAUUGAAUGUGGUGAUUCAGCAGGAGCUUGGAGCAUUUUUAGCUGGUAGGAGAAGACUGCCCACGCGGGGCACUAUUUUAGGUUCUCGUAAUUUGAAUUCUGAAUAGGUUCAGUGAGGAGUAAUGAUAGCCAGCUAAUAGGCUAGGAUUUGAGCGAGUGGGAGGACAGACACCUUAACUUUUCAGCAGGUGAAGACUUGCUUUAAGGGAAAUGGACAUUAAGGCACUGCUGACUUCUCCUGAGUCAUAUGCUGCGACAUCGUUCCCCGGAUGCCAGAUCCUGACUCCUGGGUUCAUAAGUGAUUUGAGUUAACCUUAGUAGACUUCAGGUGUCAGGAAAGGAGCCUGCAGUCUGCGUUGUUCACAUCAGCAAGCCCAGGAUCUGGAACGGCUGCACACCUCGACAAGCGUACAUGUUUUAAACUAACUCCCUCCUCGCCGUCAUCUCCCAGAGCGUUUCAGCCACGUAGUCCCACAUUUCAGGAGGAAUACACUCGUGAUACAUGGGUAGAGAAUCUGCAUUAUGAAACGUUUCCCUGGAAUCUUCAGUUUUUUUUAAGUGUAUCUACAAGGAAUUCCUAGAUCUGUCCUUGAUGAAUUCAGUCAGGUCUUUUUCAAAGCAGAUUGACCUGUGAAUCGCCCUCGUGCCUGGCCGCUUCUUAAAAGUGGGUUCCUGGAGCCUGUUCCUUUUACAAAUGGAAGCUGGGUCUUGAGGAGGGGGACCAGCGCCUGCGUUUUCAGUGGAUGCCACGGGGACUGUGGUUCCAUGGGAGUCCGGGAACUCCUGACUUUAGGUUUUGUUGCAAGCUGAAAUCCUGACCACCAGCACCUGCAGUCUUCCAGUCUGGGGCUCCCUGACAGACAGACAAGUGAAGAAUUGGGGUCUCACACUUUGCCCUUUGUGAGCGAGGCGGGGGCUCCACCUGGCUUGGGGGUGGCGCUCUUGGCGCUCACAAGAAGGGCCUGCGAGGGAAGAAUGUUGGAAGGAAGGCACCCUGCGAAUGGCCCGAGGGACCCACUGGCUUGUCUGCUGGGACUCAUUCUGAUCUUAAAUCACCGGAGGCAUGCAUAACGAAUGAACGGAAGAUGAGCUAAGGAACUAACUUUGAAUGCAAGCUGGAUUCACCCACCUAUUCCAUCGCCAAUAUGCAGAUUUGACGCCGCUUUUCCAAUGUCAUUUGAACACGUCUUCUUGUUCACGUGGCCUGCUGCAGAAUUCCCUGCUCGAAUGUGAAACUCGAACAAAGCACCGAACUGGAGAACGCUGGUCACAUAACUUAGUAGCGGGAUCUCGUGUCCAGGCAUCAAGGAGUGUUUGCUAGGCUUCUCUUCUGCCUGCUCUGCUUCAAAAGCUAAAUGUUCUGGGUCUUUCUUUGAUGUUGCCAGCCAUACUCUACAAAUAAGACUUUUUGAUUUAGUUAUAAGUAAUAUAAUUUUAUGUACAUACAAUAUUAGAAUAUUGUACAGAAUCUUUAUUUCUACAAUGUGCUUUUCUUGUCAAAAAAAAAAAAAGGAAAAUGCUCUUUGAAUUUUAUUGAUGACAUUGCUGCCUUUUCAUUUCCAUGGCUUUAUUUUUUAAUUGCGCUUACUUAUCGAUCUGUACUGAUACUAAGCUAUGGACCGUGUAUGCAACGCCAAGCAAUAGUCACAGGUGCCAAGGGUCAGAAUACUCUGGAAAAAGGGACAACGGCUGGAUCAACAGCUUCGUCAGACCUUGCCUCACUUACAUCCUUCCCAAAGGCUCAUAGUUUAUGUUUAAAGGAGCAUAAUAAUGUAUCGAUGCUCCUGUCCGGUCUUUGAGAGCUGGACAUUCUGGUUCUAUAAGCAACAGGACUGUGCAGAAAAACCAACGAAAUCUCUCUGCGUCCCCGCAGGGCUUAUCGGCUUCUUGUGGGGCAGGGCGGUCACCCUGAGGGCAAAGUGGGGUCCGUGUGCAGCACCGUCAGGAUGACAGGGUUACACGCAAGGAAUCGAGUGGUGCACAAAUCCAGCCUUUCUGCUGGAUUAAGUGUGAAAGUAAUUUAGUCGAGUCUUCCUUUUUGGCCACUGUAAGGCUUUCCCACCUUUGCAUCAGGCAUGUCUCCUUGUCUAUGAUUUCUCUUUAGUGAGUUGGUUGAAAUUUGCACUCUUGGCAAAUAGGUGAUGGAGAGGGGGGUGAUAACUUUCCUGGACUUUCUUCUGGCCCCAGUAGUUGACCUGAUUAAAGGGAAUCCCCAAAUCCAUCCCCCCUCUCCCUCCCGCCCGUGGAAUGACAUAUUCUAGAAUAAGAACACUGGAUGAAUACGCUUCGACACGUUUUCUAAUCUCAGAGAGUUUCUAAAAGGCCUGUUGUCAUGACCGUCACUCAGAUGUCCCUGUCCCUGGUAUCUGAUCAUGUUUUGGAAGCAAAACUGUCAGAGAUUUCCUUUAUAACUGCCCUUUCUGUACACAGCAGGCAUUAAUAAAUGCUGAAUGACAGACAAGUGACAGACAUAGAAGAUAGGCAAGACAGGAGACAUACAGGCACUUUUGCAGAGUGAUGACUGAGACUGAGUCCAGAUUACAGAGCCUGCCCUACCCCUAGGAUGUUAUUUAGAUCAAGUUUAGCUUCUAGAGUCUAGGUCUGGUUAAUUGCCAGGGUGGCAAAGAAUCGCAUGCCUCAAUAUAAACGGGAGUCAAAAUGCAUAAUUAGUUGAAGAUCGAAUUUCACAGUUGUAGAGAUGACGUCGCUGUGGUCAAGCUGCAUAUUUAUGCUGGGAAAUGACUUAAGUGGAUGACUAGUAUAAACGUCGUUGUCUGUUAGGUCACAUCUCUCAUCUGCUUGGACUAUGGAAUUUCAUUCUAAAAUAUCAGCCACCGGGGUCUCAUUCAUUCACUACAGGAUAAAUUCACACUCCACAGAACUUGCAGCUGUUCAAACUUGACGAGAUUGUACCUGCAAACUCUGUCUUCACGGAUGUCUAAUAAAGCCAAACUCUGGA